AGUGUCGGUGGCUGCCAGUGGGGUGGUAUAAAAAGUCAGGGCCACCGUGCCCUCAGUAGAACAAAUGCACUUCAUGAGACUGGGCGAGCUGCUAUAGAGCUAGUGGAGCAAAAACCACGACUUUUGACAAGGUCAGAUCCUUGUUGACAUGGAUAUCCAACGAGCCGGCUCACUGAUGGGGUCCCCUAACUCGAUGGAGAGCCUGGAGAAGCAGCUGAGCUGCCCGAUCUGCCUGGACAUGUUCACCAAGCCCGUGGUGAUCCUGCCGUGCCAGCACAACCUGUGCCGCGGCUGCGCCAGCGACCUGUACGACUCGCGCAACCCCUACCGCUUCUCGGGCGGCGUCUUCCGCUGCCCCACGUGCCGCUUCGAGGUGGUGCUGGACCGCCACGGCGUGCACGGGCUCCAGCGCAACCUGCUGGUGGAGAACAUCAUCGACCUGUACAAGCAGCAGCAGGAGGGCAGCGGCGGCGGCAGCGGCGGCGAGAGCAGCGCCCCCGAGGCGCCCGUCAAGCCCAAGGCGGGCAAGGAGCCCAUGUGCCAGGAGCACGAGGACGAGAAGAUCAACAUCUACUGCAUCACCUGCCAGGUGCCCACCUGCUCCAUGUGCAAGGUGUUCGGCGCGCACAAGGACUGCGAGGUGUCGCCGCUGGCCAGCGUCUACCAGGCGCAGAAGGCCGAGCUGAGCAACGCCAUCGACGCGCUGGUGGCGGGCAACGGGCGGCUGCAGGCGCUGCUGAACCAGAUGGAGGAGGCGUGCACGGCCGUGCAGGAGAACGCGCAGCGCGCCAAGCAGAGCCUGGGCGAGCGCUUCGACGGCCUCUACGCCGUGCUGGAGGACCGCAAGGCCACGCUGCUCGACCGCGUCGGCAAGGAGCAGGACGACAAGGUGUCGGUGCUGCGCGGGCUGGCCGGCCGCUACGGCGACCGGCUGCAGGCGGGCUCGGAGCUGACCGACACGGCGGUGCGCGCGCUGGAGCAGAGCGGCGCCGCCGAGUUCCUGCAGGCCUCCAAGGGCCUCAUCACGCAGACCAAGGACGCGGCCAAGAGCUCGCUGGCCGAGGAGCGGCCCGAGCCGGGCUUCGAGCGGAUGGACCACUUCACGAUCAACACGGAGCAGGUGGAGGUGCUGCUGGGCAAGAUGGACUUUGGGGUGGACGACGACGAGUUUGAGGACGCCGAAGGGGAGGAAGAGGAGUGAAUGCGAACUCGAGGACUUUUGAACGUUGGUUUUUAGGAGUUUAGGUUUGUCUAAGUGAAUUUUGAACUGAAUGUGGAGUGGAGUGUCGCCAACACCAACAACUUGAAUUGCAAAGGUGCCUUGGACAGUAUUUUUAUACGAAAUGUACGGUAGCCGAAAUGUACUUUUUUAAGAAAGAUUUUUGUAUUGUUCUCUCAUCACUUUCACUCCAUGAGUCUGAUUAAUGAGUCGGAUAUCCUCUGUUAAUAUUGGAGUCUGUGAUUUUUGUUCUGCCACAGCAGUUAGCUGUGAUUUGAAUGUAGAAUGUCUAGUAAAGUGCUCAGGCACGUGAAUCCAUUUGCCAUUUUGAAUGUCAUUCAUUUCUAACUGGCCAUUAAAACAUUGACAAAACAAAAACAAAUGAUUUCAAAUU